AUGGCGCUACCGCAACCGGGGCCACCGCAGCCCCCGGAGCCGUCUCCGCGCUCCCGGCAGCGGCCGCAGGUGCGGGAGGGAGGGGGGGGGACAGCGGAGCGGGGCCGGGAGCCGUCGGGGGCCGGGGCUGCGCGGACCCAGCGGAGGAGACGGGGCCGACCCGCGAAGCCGCGGCCCGAGGCGGCCGGGACCGGGGCCGGGGGGGGAGUCCCCGGGCUGCGGAUCCCGCAGAGCCCCGGUUCGCACCCCCAGGAGCCCCCCCCGACAGGCAGCGCGGAGCUCCCGGUGCGGCAGCUGCGGGUGCUGCUCACCCCUCUGCCCGUCGGGGACCGGCGGCUGCUGCCCCAGCAGCGGCUCCCGAGCGCACACGGCGGAGCCGCACCGGGGAAGAGGCGGUGCCGGGAGCGCAGCCCUCGGAAAGCGGCGCUCGGCUCCGGUUCCGGCCCCGACGGCAGCGGCUGGGAUGAGGAGAGCGACGGGAGCGACGCGGGGGACACCCCCAUGAAUGGGGACGUUGAGCUGUCAGCUUAUGAGAGGAAACGGCUGAAGAACAUCACAGAAAAUGCCAAGUUCUUCGCUGCUCUGAAGCUGCAUGAGUCAGCUGCAAGACUUCUGCAGGUGGUGAAUAAGAGACAGCCUCACGCCACCAAAAGAGCUAAGCCUAAGAAGGCAGAAGAUGAAACAGUGCUUCGAAGAUCCAUGCGCUUACAGAGAGUCGAUCCAACGGGAAUUCCAGUGCCAGAGCCGCCUGCCCAGCCCGAAGCAGAGGAGGCUCCUCGGGUGCCAGCCGGACCUUUGCCAAUGACUCCAGAAGAUGAGGUGGGGGACAGCACAUUGGCAGAUGACCUAUUGGCUACGUGGAUGAGGAUAAGUGAGGUGAAAGCUCAUGGUACUGAAAAGCUCACAAGUGACAUGAAAAGGUACCAGGACAGCCUGAACAGCAUGGUGCUUAGUGAAGAUAGCAUUAAAAAGGUGGUGAAAUACCGAGUGUGUUCCAUAGCCAUCCACCCUUCAGAAAGCAUCAUCUUGGUGGCAGCUGGAGACAAGGGUGGGCAGAUCGGCCUCUGGAAUGUGAGCUGUGGGGCUGAAGGAUCACAGACCUUCACAGCACACAAUGGCCAAAUCAGCUGUAUGCAGUUUUCUCCCUUCAAUCCCGCUCACCUGCUGUCUGUGAGCAGUGAAAGCCUGCGAUGUGCGGAUGUUACUAGGGCUGUCUUCGACGAGAUCUGCAGAAGUGAAGACAAUGUCAGCCUGUCUUCCUUUGACUUUCUGGAUGACAAUGCCUCCACUGCAAUAGUGGGAUGCUGGGAGGGUGACGUCUCUGUUGUGGACAGGAGGACCCCAGGCACGUCUCCAGAGCUCUCUGCAAACAUUGGCUUCAUAAGAACCAGGACAGUGCACGUUCACCCUGUGAAUAAGCAGUAUUUCCUUGCUGCUGGCUCCACGGAUGUUUGUGUUUAUGACGUUCGGUGCCUGACCGCGAAGCAGAAUGAGCCCGUGAGCAGCCUGAAGGGACACACAAAGAGUGUUGCCUCUGCCUACUUCUCCCCUGUCACCGGGAGCAGGGUGGUGACCGUGUGUGCCGACAACAACCUGAGGGUCUAUGACACCACCUCGUUGUCACCCACGGUCCCAGCUCUCAGCACUGUCAGCCACAACAACAACACGGGCCGCUGGCUGUCCAGGUUCAGAGCCAUAUGGGACCCCAAGCAGGAGCACUGUUUUGUGGUGGGCAGCAUGGCACGGCCCAGGCAAAUCGAAGUCUUCCAAGACACUGGACAACUCUUGCACUCCUUUUCUAACCUCGACUGCCUGGGCUCCGUCUGCUCCAUCAACAUCGUUCAUCCCAGUAGGAACAUCCUUGUGGGUGGCAACUCCAGCGGCCGCCUUCACGUGUUCAAGGAAUAGAACCAUGCUGCAGGUGGUUGUAUCUUCCUGUCUGCAUUCCCUUGGUUUAAGCCCCAUUCUGCUGCUCCCAAACCCACGGGAUUUUCUCAGGACAAAAAGUGUAUUGUAAAAGCUUUAAAAUUAAUUUUCUAAGCUACCUUUGGCUUCUCUUCUGUAACUAGAGAAUAAAAUGACUCAGAUGUGC